UUUCUCAAUGCCGCUGCCUCCGCCUUCCCGCCUCCUGGCCCUCCUCAACGCCGGCCACCGGCCGCCGCCGCUCCGCCUCCUCCUACAGCUCCACGCGCACCUCCUCGUCACCGGCGUCCUCUCCUCGUCCUCCCCCUUUGGUCCCCGCCUCGUCGCUGCCUUCGCCCUCGCCAACCCCGCCUCGGACCGCUCCCCGCUCCCGCUCCUCCACGCGCUCGCCCUCCUCGCCUCCCUCCCCUCCCCGCCGGACUCCGCUGCCCCCUACAACGCCGCCCUCCGCGUGCUCUCCCUCUGCCCCCACGAGCGCGGCGGCCUCCUCCUCGAUCGCUGCCUCCCGCUCUACCGCGCCCUCCUCCGCUCCGGCUCCGCGCGGCCCGACCACCUCACAUUCCCCUUCCUGCUCAAGGCCUGCGCGCGCCUGCGGGAUCGGGGGUACGGAGGUGCGGUCCUAGCGCACGUGCGCAGGCUCGGGUUUGGCGCCGACGUGUUCGUGGUGAACGCCGCGAUGCACUUUCUGGCCGCCUGCGAGUCCGUGGAGGGCGCGCGGAGCCUGUUCGAUGAAAGUCCCGUCAGGGAUGUGGUCUCGUGGAACACGCUGAUCGGUGGGUUCGUGCGGAGGGGGCUCCCACUAGAGGCGCUGGAGGUGUUCUGGAGGAUGGCUGAGGACGGAGCUGUGAGGCCCGAUGAGGUCACGAUGAUUGGGGCUGUGUCGGGGUGUGCGCAGCUGCGAGAUCUGGAGCUCGGGAAGAGGCUGCAUGGGUAUGUGGAGAGCAAUGGGGUGAGGUGCACGGUGAGGCUGAUGAACACAGUGAUGGAUAUGUAUGUCAAGUGUGGCAGUUUGGAACUGGCAAAGUCGGUGUUUGAAAGGAUCGGCAGCAAGACGGUCGUUUCUUGGACGACAAUGAUCGUUGGGCAUGCGAAGCUUGGGCAGAUGGAGGACGCACGGAAGCUGUUUGAUGAGAUGCCCGAAAGGGAUGUGUUCCCAUGGAAUGCUCUGAUGGCCGGUUAUGUACAAUGUAAGCAGGGCAAGGAGGCUAUUGCGUUGUUUAAUGAGAUGCAGGAGACAAAGGUGGAUCCUAAUGAGAUCACCAUGGUUAAUCUCCUAUCUGCUUGCUCGCAGCUUGGAGCAUUAGAAAUGGGGAUGUGGGUUCACCAUUAUAUUGAUAGACAUCAGCUUUCUCUUAGUGUUGCUCUUGGCACAUCUCUAGUUGACAUGUAUGCAAAGUGUGGCAACAUCAAGAAGGCGAUAUGUGUUUUCAAAGAAAUACCAGAGAAAAAUGCGCUCACUUGGACAGCAAUGAUAUGUGGUCUAGCAAAUCAUGGACAUGCCGAUGAGGCCAUAGAGUACUUUCGGAGAAUGAUAGAGCUUGGAUUGCAGCCAGAUGAGAUUACAUUUAUUGGGGUUCUGUCUGCAUGUUGUCAUGCUGGUUUGGUUGAAGAAGGUCGGGAAUUUAUCUCCCUGAUGAAAUCGAGAUAUCGCCUUGAGAGGAAAAUGAAACAUUAUUCAUGCAUGAUAGACUUGUUAGGCAGAGCAGGGCAUUUAGACGAAGCAGAACAGCUAGUAAACACCAUGCCUACGGAUCCUGAUGCAGUAGUUUGGGGUGCUCUCUUCUUUGCUUGUAGGAUGCAUGGCAAUAUCACUCUUGGUGAAAAGGCAGCAAUGAAAUUGGUAGAACUUGACCCGAGUGAUAGCGGAAUCUAUGUGCUAUUGGCUAACAUGUAUGCGGAGGCAAACAUGAGGAAGAAGGCUGACAAAGUGAGGGUUAUGAUGAGACAUUUGGGGGUGGAGAAAGUUCCUGGAUGUAGUUGCAUUGAGCUGAAUGGUGUAGUUCAUGAAUUUAUCGUGAAGGAUAUGUCACAUGUGGACACUAGUGCAAUUUAUGACUGCUUACAUGAGAUCACUCGACAAAUAAGGCAUACUGCAAGCACCAUUGACAUUUCUGCAGCUAGUGUCAUGUAGCAUUCAUUAGGCCAGAAACAGCUGACUGAGCUCUGCAAGAUGGUAUCUCAGGUGUGUUGCACAACUCAAUCAUGUGAUGGAUUGUGCCAGCCUGCCAGGCAAUGGGCUCAGAUGAGUGGAUUUCCUGAUGUUGAUCAAAAUUAGGGUCACUGCAAGAGCAUUUUUGGUCCUUUUGAGUUUUACAACUUGCAAGUUAAUAAAAAUAGUUAUGUUCCAUAACAGACGCUCGAGGGACUACCAGAGAUCAGAAGUACAGUGAUAAAGAGAGUAGCAAUUAGCAAGCAGCGCCAAUUCGUAAGAUUAAGGAUUAAAUAUGUAAAUGCUGCACAUGGAGGCAAAGGCUUUUCCUCAAAGCAGUUGCAUUAUCGUCUUGUCGAUAACUGCAAUUUCUGCCUGCUGGUUUUCUUCACUUUUUGAUGGUAGUCCAGCCUUUGUACGAACAAGGCAACUACCAAGUACAUGUACAGACUUCGCAACACAAACACUGAAGUUUCGAACAAGGCAACUACCAAGUACAUGUACAGACUUCGCAACACAAACACUGAAGUUUCAUAAUUUUCUUAAGGUGAAUGGACUAUUUGGUCCCUCAAAUUUGCUCCAAGGCUCAUUUUGGUUCUUCACCUUUCAAAAAGGUCACCUAGGUCCUCAAAGUUUCAGUUCUAGGACAAAGAAGGACCUCCACACACAUGGUAAUCUCCAUGUAAGCUGACUUAGAUCUGUUUCAGCUGUUGGUUAGGGUUACCUACUACUCAUGUAAGCAAAGAUAAUGUUGCCCCAAGCCUUACCAUGCUUCAAUGAGAGGAAUUUUGACCCAUUAAGAACAAUCCGACCAUUGAAGUGGAAUUUUACCACUAACCUAUCCAAAUCUGCCAUUUUUUUAUUUCUCCUUACAAAUCUGCUAAAUGUACUGCUAAAAUUUCAAUUUGACACCCUAAAUACCAUCACAAACCUGAGAUAAAUCAAGGGAUCCUGUUUAAAUUUGCCAACAGAUCCAGCCCUGCGCUGCUUCUUGCUUCAGACCCAACUCCCCUCAGCUCAUGACUCUUAUCCUUCCUCACCUCCCACUUCUCGUUUCUCAAAGCUCUCUUUGCUCCCUACGAUUCAGCCGCCUUGGGUGCUUGACUAGAAUUGGGAGGGAAAAGGAAUGACCUAUAGAUCAACUGUUCACAAUCAGUUAGGAUAGGUAAAGAUAGAUCAACUGUUCACAAAAACAAUCCAUCCUGUACGUUUUAAAAUGUAGAAGAGCAUAGGGCGAGGGAAUAAUUGAUGUCAGAUUAGCUUUAUCAGUGAGUGAAAGAUUUGUAACCUGGUCUCACAUUUGGUUCAGAGAGCACUUUUUUAGUUGGGAAUAAGUCCUUCCCUACCUCAAUUCCUUGUCCAUUCCGUACGGAUUCUCCACCUUGUGAAAAAAAGGAACAACAAUCACGUAUCCUUAACUUUGCUGGCGUAGCCAAGACAUAAUGUUCCCAAGAGUAUGGGAAAAGUUACUCGCUGCCCCAACAACCUAAGGUUAAUAUGUGACCAUUACAAUAUGCAAAGACUGCUGGGAUUGGAUUCCAUUGAUAUUAUUCCACCAUAUUUUGAUAGGAUAGGAAUUGCACAAAAGCAGAUUACAGAUGCAAAUGGCAUCUUGUUCCUUAUAUUGCUGUCAUCCUGAUCUUUAAAGCAGCUAAACCUUUGCAUCUUGUUUUCU